UCUCUCUCUCUCUAUCUCUCCCCCCUUCACGCCACAGCCACACCACAAUUGUCCGGCUCCGGCCUCAGAAUCGGAUCAAGGCAAGCAACUGGGGACGAAGCCAAGGCCCGCCUCUCUCCAAUCCUCUAUCACGCGCGAGACGGAGACGCGGCCGCUUCUGCCCGAGGCCUGCAUAAAAAGAUCUCGCGCUCCCUCCGUGCCGUCGUCUUCGCGAGCAGCUUAAUUCGUCCGUCCGUCCCCCGUCCCGGCGCCUCGUCUCGCGACUGCCUGUGGUCGGCGGCGGUUGAUCGGCUUGGCCCGCGGCGAGCUCCCCCCUGACAUGGUCGGCCGGAUGGAGCGGCAGACUGCGUCGUCGUCGGCGUCCUGCUCGCCCUCCGCCGCCACCUCAUCCUCCUCGGCCUGCGGCGGCAAGAAGCGGUCUGAUUUCCUCAAUAUGUUCCGGAGUGCAGCCUGUCUUAAUUCAUCAUCUGCUGAUACCGGCAAGGGAAGGAGUAAACUCUCAAGCAACAAAGUCACACAUGGCUUCCACCUGGUGGAAGGCAAGUCUGGCCAUGACAUGGAAGACUACCAUGUAGCAGAGUACAAGUAUGAGAAGAACCAUGAGCUAGGCCUCUUUGCCAUUUUUGAUGGCCAUUUGGGAGAUAAGGUGCCAAGUUAUCUGAAAGCUAACCUUUUUAGCAACAUAAUAAAAGAGCCUGUCUUCUGGGAUAGCCCACAGGACGCAAUAAAGAAUGCAUACCGCUCUACAAACAAAUACAUUCUAGAAAAUGCUAAGCAACUUGGACCAGGUGGUUCUACAGCAGUUACUGCUAUUGUAGUUGAUGGCAAGGAUAUGUGGAUAGCAAAUGUAGGCGACUCUCGAGCUGUUGUGUGUGAAAAAGGUUAUGCUAAUCAGCUCACUGUUGACCAUGAGCCACAUACAACUAAUGAAAGACAGAGGAUUGAGAAGCACGGUGGCUUUGUAACAACAUUUCCUGGUGAUGUUCCUCGGGUAAAUGGCCAGCUUGCUGUUGCUAGGGCAUUUGGUGACCAAAGCCUUAAGGCCCACUUGAGUUCGGAGCCUGAUAUUAGACAUGUACCAAUAAACUCAACUAUAGAGUUCGUCAUACUUGCCAGUGAUGGAUUAUGGAAGGUAAUGAAGAACCAGGAAGCCGUUGAUCUCGUGAAAUCCAUCAAGGACCCCCAGGCAGCAGCGAAGCGGCUGACGACGGAAGCACUUACAAGGAAGAGCAAGGAUGAUAUCUCUUGCAUCGUCAUCCGUUUCCGCUGCUGAAUCUCACCUGCGCACUGCAUUAAUCUCCAACGGCCGAUUGAGAUAAUCGUCUGUGAUCAUCCCCCUCUGCCAAAUUUCUGAUAGCAUCUGCUGUGCCUAUUUGCCGAAUUUCUGAUAGCAUCUGCUGUGCCUAUUUGUGAAUUUCUGAUAGCAUCUGCUGUACCUAUUUGCGAAAUUUCUGAUAGCAUCUGCUGUACCUAUCCUAGUUGUGGACAGACCUGGAACUAAUUAGGAUAGUGAAGACUUGAGAGCUGGAUGGCGAGUGUGAGCGUAGGGUGGGGUGCUCAUUCGUCUGCGAGUAUAUACACCAGCAUACUCUAGUUUUCCUGGACUUGCUGUCUGUGCGGACCUUAGUGCUUGUGUGCUUAUGGUAAUGUGGACCAAUGGUGGCAAAGGUUGUGUAUAGGAACUUGCUGAUUUAAUUUGGUUAUAUUUAGUUUUAUGGCUCGCAUUUCAUAGGGUAGGUUCCUCUGAUCUCAAUGAAACAGAUUUGAAGUUCAAAGUU